UCCCCAACGAAUUUUUACUAAGUUAAAAGUCAGAGUCUUUUUUGGUAAGCUUAUGGAUCGAAGAGAAGCAAUGGCGUUAUCCGGGUCGGGUUCUUACUAUAUCCAAAGAGGAAUACGCGGUUCAGGUCCUCCUCCUCCACAGACUCAACCGUCGUUUCACGGAUCACAAGGGUUUCACCAUUUCUCCAAUUCCAACUCUCCUUUCGGGUCAAACUCAAACCCAAACCCUGGUGGUGCCUCUACUGGAUUCGUGUCUCCUCCUUUACCAGUUGAGUCUUCUCCGGCCGAUUCUUCAGCAACGGUAGGAGCUGCGGUUGCUCCUCCUCCUUCGGGUGCCACUUCUGUGAAACGGAAGAGAGGACGGCCUAGAAAAUAUGGACAAGAUGGUUCUGUUUCGUUGGCAUUGUCUCCUUCAGUCUCCAAUGUUUCUCCAAACUCUAACAAACGUGGCCGUGGAAGACCUCCUGGCUCCGGUAGGAAGCACCGGCAAUCUUCCAUUGGUGAUAUGAUGCCUUCAUCGUCUGGAAUGAGCUUCACACCGCACGUAAUCGUAGUCUCCGUUGGUGAAGACAUUGCAUCAAAGGUUAUAUCUUUCUCACAUCAAGGUCCAAGAGCAAUAUGUGUCUUAUCCGCUAGUGGUGCUGUCUCUACUGCCACUCUUCUUCAGCCACCACCAUCCCAUGGAACUAUUACAUACGAGGGUCGUUUUGAGCUCAUAUCUCUCUCAACUUCUUAUCUGAACACAACUGACAAUGACUACCCAAACCGCACUGGAAGUCUAGCGGUCUCACUUGCUAGCCCUGAUGGUCGUGUCAUUGGUGGUGGAAUUGGAGGUCCUCUAAUAGCAGCAAGUUCAGUUCAGGUCAUCGUUGGGAGCUUCAUCUGGGCAACUCCAAAAGGGAAGAUGAAAAAGCGGGAAGAAACUUCUGAAGAUGUACAAGAUACUGAUGCUUUGGUCAACAAUGAUAACACAGCAGCAACGUCACCUCCUGUUCCUCAGCAAGGUCAAAACCUUGUUCAGACCCCUGUAGGCAUUUGGUCAACCGGUUCAAGGUCAAUGGAUAUGCAUCACGCACAUAUCGACAUUGACCUUAUGCGUGGAUGAUUCAUGUAUAUAUAAGCAUUGAAUCUAGGAGAAGAGGAAGAAGAAGAAGAUUUAAACUUGAGCUAACCUCCCUGAAAAAAAAGUCUAUUUGGUUGUUUAGGAAAGAAAAGACUAUUAUUAGUAAUUUUAGGAACUCUUGCGUGUUUUCUAGCUUUCAAUUAAUCGAUUUGGUUUCUUGACUUGUGAUAAACAGGAAAAAAGUUUCGCUUGUU